CUCAUUUCCACCUCACCGGUCUUCGAGCGCAGCUUCUUCACAUGUUCAAGCCUGCAGCUUGUCCAGCAAAGCUACUUCAAACUUAAUACCCACAGCCACACAACCACCCCGCAGAAACGAAGCUUUCGAACUACAGCCGCACCGCAUACUUCUCCGAGCUCACCUCCACACGACAAUGUAUACACCUUAGAUACCAACCAACAGCUUCAGAUCUGCUCUUCCAUACCUCAGUCUCCCACACCGAACAAAUACACACAUACACAAGAUGAAUACCAUCGACGCAACAGAACACUACGAAACCAGCGCCCACGACCGGCCCCCCUCCCUCCUAACCAUCAUCCUCGACACCAAUCCGCACGCCUGGGCACUCCUCAACCCCUCCCUCCCCCUCUCCACCGCCAUCGCCAACAUCCUCGUCUUCAUCAACGCCCACCUAGCAUGCAACUACGCGAACGAAGUAGCCGUGGUAUCCUCACACACCUCUCAAGCAACAUGGCUCUACCCCGUCGAAAAAGCCACCACCACCACCGCCGCCAAUAACCUAGACUCCGACGGCGACAUCUCCAUGCGCUCCCAACAACCACCACCAUCUACUCACACCAACGUAAACAAAUACCGCCCCUUCCGCAUCGUCGAAGAACAAGUCUCCACGCACCUCCACAACCUAAUGUCCCAAACCACCCCAGAAACCCUCCAAUCCACCACCUCAACUAUGAUGGCCGGCGCGCUUACCCUAGCACUAAGCCACAUCAACCGCCGCACGUUAGCAUGGAAUGAAGCGCACGGGGGAGAUAUCGACACGACAAACCCCAAUGACCCUUCUUCAACAUCCUCCUCAUCACAUAAUACAAAGGGUACUGCGGAAUCAACCCUCCAAUCACGCAUCCUCAUUCUCUCUGUGUCAAGCUCCACCGGUUCAGCGCAUCAAUAUAUCCCCAUCAUGAAUGCUAUAUUCGCUUGCCAGAGGCUGCAUAUUCCGAUUGAUGUAUGUAAGGUGUCUGGCGAUGCGGUAUUCCUGCAGCAGGCGUCGGAUGCGACCAAGGGGGUGUAUAUGGCGUUGGAUGAGCCGAAGGGACUAUUGCAGUACUUGAUGAUGGCGUUUUUGCCGGAUCAGAGGAGUAGACGCCAUUUGGUGCUGCCUACAAGAGUGGAUGUGGAUUUCCGGGCGGCGUGCUUUUGUCAUCGGAGGGUUGUGGAUGUGGGAUUUGUGUGUUCGAUUUGUUUGAGUAUCUUCUGUGAGCCGUUGGGGGAUGGGGUGUGUUUGACUUGUGGGAGUCGGUUGGAUGUUAGUGAUUAUGGGGCUAAGCCGGCGGUGGUGGCUAGAAAGAAGAAGAAGAAGAAGGUUAAGGGGAAUGGGAUGUCUGCGGCGGGGACGCCUACGCCUACACCGACGCCGGGGCCGUGAGUGUCUUUGUGGGCAUGGGAUUGACUACGUGGUGAAAAGGAAGUUGCCUAUGUACUGGCUACGGGAUAGAAUGGCCG